GCUCUCGUUCAGUCAUUUGGAUCGAUUCCGCGGAGAAUGAGAAUGUUGCUCCCCCUUGUUCUUGCUACGCUGCUGCUGCUGGCUGACGCGUUUCCUCCGGAUCCAGUAUUUUGCGACGCCUCUGGAGAUUGUUUCAUCACCAAUUCGUAUGGGACAUGGAACACCAGACAGGUUUGCAAGGUUUCCCAGAUCGUGUAUCCAUCCAACGAGGAGGAGCUCCUGGAAGCAGUGAGCUAUGGAGCCAAGAACAAGCUCAAGAUGAAAGCCGUGACCAAGUUUAGUCACAGCAUUCCUCCGCUGGCAUGCCCAGGAGAUGGCGAUGGUGGCGGUCAUAGCGGCGCCGCUGGCCUCCUCGCCAUUAGCACCGCCGACUACAGCCGCGGGAUUGCCGUGGACGUGAAUUCCAAGGCCGUGGAAGUGGAUGGUGGCGCGCAGCUCCAGGCGGUGCUCGACGAGGCCGCGCGGCACGGCCUGGCACUGGCCGCGUCUCCCUACUGGAAUGGCCUCUCCGUCGCUGGGAUCCUCAGCACUGGAUCCCAUGGGAGCUCCUGGCGUGGCAAAGGAGGAGCUCUCCACGAUCACGUCCUCAAACUUCGCAUGGUGGUACCGUCCGGGAAGAAUUCCUCCUCCUCUUCCUCACACAAAGAGUUUGCGAAGAUCGUCACUCUCACCCCCGGCGAUGGCGAUCUCUUCUAUGCCGCGAUCGUCUCACUUGGAACGAUGGGAGUCAUCUCAAAGGUGACGCUGGAGCUGGAGCCCAUGUUUAAGCGAUCGAUCACCAACAUGAGAACCUCCGACGCGGGGCUGGAAGACAAGAUCGUGGCAUUUGGGAACGAGCACGAAUUCGGCGACGUGACCUGGUACCCAUCCAAGCGAGAGGCCGUCUACCGGAUCGACGAUCGCGUUCCCGCCAACACGCCCGGCAAUGGAAUCAACGAAUUCGUUGGCUUUCAGCCCACAUUGGCGCUUGCCAUCGUCGCCCAAAGAGCUCUCGAGGAGACGCUGGAGGCGAAGCGAUCGUCCAAUGGCAAGUGCAUCGCGUCACAGGCACAGGUAUCGCUGCUCGAAAGCCUGGGCUACGGCCUCAAGAACACACAUGGCCUGCGGCUCUUCACGGGCUACCCAGUGGUGGGAUUCCAGCACAAAAUCCAAACCGCCGGUGGCUGCCAGGAAUCCACAUCGCGGCUGCUUAUCUGUGGCUGGGAUUCCGCCAAGCAUGCGCUCUUCUACCUCGAAUCCGGCAUCACAAUCCCAGCCCAGAGCAUCGCGGCCUUCAUCGCGGACGUGAAGCAUCUGAGAGAUUCCCACCCAGAUGCCGGGGCGUUGUGUGGGAUCGACCUCUACACCGGCGUCCUCUUGCGCUACGUGGCCGCAUCCCGGGCGUUGCUCGGCAAGCCAUUCGACGGAGUGGAUCUGGGGUUUACGUACUACCGGUCACGAAAUGGGAGCAUGCCGCGGCUCAACAUGGACGUGUGGCAAGAGGUGGAACAAAUGGCCAUUUCUAAGUACGGAGGCGUUCCUCACUGGGGGAAAAACACACCGGUCACCUUCUCGAAUCCUGGGACUGGCAGAUCUCUAAGGCUCGAGAGAUUUGUGAAAGAGAUGAGGAAUAUGGAUCCCAGUGGACUCUUCUCCACCCGCUGGAGCGAUCGCAUUCUCGGGAUCAAAGCUAUGGAGGAGCAGAAAAAUCCUGGGUGUGCAUUGGAGGGUCUGUGCAUUUGCUCGAGAGACGAGCAUUGCGCACCGGAGAAGAGUUACCACUGUCGGCCAGGGAGAGUUUUCACAGCUGCAAGGGUGUGUAGAUAUGAAAAUGAGGGUUCUUGAUUAAAAAAACUAAAAACACAUAUAUUAAUACCUCAGCAAAUGCAAAACGGGAUUCU